GCGGCCGGCGAGGACGGGCAGGGCACCACUGGCCCCGGCGCCCGCCGCACCCCUCCCCCAGCACCUCCCUCACCACCCGGCUCCUCCAGCGGGAAAAGGUGGACAGGAGGGGGCUGCCGCCCUUUUGUUACAGAGCGCUGACUCGGCUCCCCGGACCUCAGCAGGAUGGAAGAGAAGCUGAAGAAAACCAAGAUCAUCUUUGUGGUGGGAGGGCCCGGCUCGGGGAAGGGCACCCAGUGUGAGAAGAUUGUCCAGAAGUACGGCUACACCCACCUCUCCACCGGGGACCUCCUGCGGGCCGAGGUCAGCUCGGGCUCGGCCAGGGGCAAGAUGCUGUCGGAAAUCAUGGAGAAGGGACAGCUGGUGCCACUGGAGACAGUGUUGGACAUGCUCCGAGAUGCCAUGGUGGCCAAGGUAGAUACUUCCAAAGGCUUCCUGAUCGAUGGCUACCCUCGGGAAGUACAGCAGGGAGAGGAGUUUGAGCGGAAGAUCGGACAGCCCACGCUGCUGCUGUAUGUGGACGCAGGCCCUGAGACCAUGACCCAGCGGCUCCUGAAGCGCGGAGAGACCAGCGGGCGUGUGGAUGACAAUGAGGAGACCAUCAAGAAGCGACUAGAGACCUACUACAAGGCCACGGAACCUGUCAUCGCCUUUUAUGAGAAACGUGGCAUCGUACGCAAGGUCAAUGCCGAAGGCUCCGUGGACAAUGUCUUCUCCCAAGUCUGCACCCACCUGGAUGCCCUCAAGUAGCAGCACUGGAGCCCCUUCCCCUGCUGCCCCCCCCACCCCACCCCGUGCUGACCUGAGGCUGUCCUGGCCUGAGCUCAGCGCCUCCACCCUGCCCGGCUGGAGCACAGACAGAGGAAGCCACUUUAUCCUGUUUUCAUGGACAGCCAAGCACUAAAGGAAUUUCCAAGGA